AUGGCCACUAGACCAAGCGGCCUGCACACAGAUUGGCAAGCGGAUUUGGCAAUCUUUGAUCAGUUAGCUAAAUAUAAUGAUGGGUACAAAUAUCUUUUGGUAUGUAUUGAUGUACUAAGUAGAAAAAUUUUUGCAGUGCCUGCCAAAUCUAAGAGUUCUGAGGAUAUGAUUGAUGCCUUCGAAAAUAUUUUUAAACUUUCAAAAGGGAUACUUCCUCAUAAAUUAUAUACGGAUCGAGGGUUAGAAUUUGAGGCGAAACGUAUGAAACAAUAUUUUAAAAAGAAGGAUAUAGAUAAGCGAGUAGUUUAUAGUCCAGAUGUGCAUGCAUCUAUGGCAGAAAGGGCCAACCGUACUAUCAAAGAGCGAUUGUACAGAUACUUUAGCGAACAAAAUACACUACGUUGGAAGGAUGUUAUUCAAAAAAUUGUUUCAGGAAUAAAUGCAAGUAUUAAUCGAACCACGGGUGUGACUCCAAAUUCUGUUACGUUUAAGAAUGCGGCGGAACUUUUUAUCAGACUAUAUAAGGAUCCUAAAAAUAUACAAAAUACUAAAACAAGCUCAAUUCUCGAGCCAGGACAAAUUGUUCGAAUCACAAAAGAAAAAGGGAAAUUUGAAAAGGGAUAUUUACCCAACUACACUGACGAAUUGUUUCGCGUACAUAUUAAAAACGACAAUAGAUAUCCCGUCACAUAUAAGUUAAAAGAUUUUGAAGGAAAUUUAAUUGAAGGGAUAUUUUAUAGAGAAGAAUUGGUACCCACACAAGAAGACACAACUCACCGUAUUGCUGAAAUUUUAAAAACACGUACACUUAAAGGGAAUAAACAACAUUUUGUUCGCUGGAUAGGAUAUAACGAUAAUUUUAAUAGCUGGGUUAACGAUAGCGAUAUUGUUAGAAGAUAA